UCUUACGGAGCAGAUCGUUAAGUUAUGGUUAAGUGUGGGGUUUUGGUGGCUUUGGUGGCGUUGGUCCAUCUUGGUCAGUGUUCCCAGAUUGUUCCUCCGUUGUAUCGUUACGAUGACUUCUUCCGGUGUCAACGGGAGGACCCUAGCGGGGUGUACUGCUUUGUGAAGGUGGUUUUCAGAGGGAAUCAGGAUUCUUUUGACUCGCCAAGGAUCGUUAGUGACUUUCGACAUAAUUUGCUGGAUUGGGGCAUUUGCGUGAAUAACUGUCAACGGGAAUUGUCGGUAGUUCCAGCGAAGAACCACAAACGGUUGUAUCAGUUUAAAUUUCCAAUUAAUCACACGUACAUCCUCCCGAAAGACCUUUUCGACACGGACCUCGAUAACUUGAAGCCACGCUAUAGUGCGUUGAUCAACAUUUGCGUGAACAACCGUCUUGAACUGAAGUAUAACCUUAGUCAACAUGCAUACUCCGAGAUCGAAUAUUGCACCACCCGGGAUGACUUGGAAUCAUCCGAAAAAACUUUAGAUCUGCCGGAGACCAUGUUCUAUAUAACGGUUUUCACGCUUGCAAGUCUUUUCGUUGGAGCUAACGUGAUAGACUGGAUUGGCCACGAUCAUGCAAAAGGACAUAUCGUCGUGACAUCCUUCUCGGUUCGACGCAACUGGAGUCGCCUGACGGAACAGCCCAAGAGUGAGCUGUACCGGAACUUUGGUUACAUCGAUGGAGUCCGAGUGUACGCAAGUGUUUUUCUUAUCAUCAUGCACUGUGCGAUGUAUUCUGGUGUCUUCCCGGUGGCGAACCCCGAGUACGGCGAGCAGGUACUGAAGAACCCCCUGCUGAUCGACGUCUUUGCAUUGGCGGUCGUGGUUCUGCAGAUGUUUUUCGUCAUCAGUGGUCUAUUGUUGGCAGCAACAGUGUUGCAGGAUGUUGAGCGGAAACCCGACAUAAAUUCUGGAUACUUUUGGACCAAGAUACGUAUGCGGUUGAUACGGAUUGUUCCAGUUUACUUUUUCUGUCUGCUGUUAACUAUGAUGGGUGCUAACUUACCGGGAGUGCAGUUGGGUCCCGUUGGGUACAAAACGCUCGUUCAGGAGCAAGUUCGAUGCAAGCAAAAGUGGUGGACCAACGUGCUGUUCGUAAACAAUCUUCCAACUUUCGGUGAAGAACGAUGCCAUUUUCAUGGUUGGUACCUGGCGACUGAUUUUCAGCUAUUCUUGGCAACACUGCUGCUAUUGUCAGCAUUUUGGAAAUCCCCCAAGCGAGCGAAUGCAUUACUGUCGUUCAGUGUACUCGUGGCGUUGAUCGUUCCUACCGGAAUCGUUUACUAUAUGGGUUUGGAAUCCGCGUUUCCACUUAAAUUAAGUGAAGCUCAAUUUAGCUUCAUGUAUAGCUCAUGGAUCAACCACGUGUACUUCCCAAGUUAUUCAAACAUGAACAGCUAUUUGCUUGGAGCCGUCGUUGGAUAUGUGUAUCACCAGACUAAAUAUAACAAACUUAAUUUAGACGAUUAUCCAUUGUAUAGCAGAUUGAGAAAGCUUUGUCUACCGUUGCUGGCUUUAGCUUACCUCCCAACGUUCAUCUUUUACCAGUACGAGAUUCCUCGAUCUUCUUGGAUAACCAUUCUUCACAACUUCCUGUAUCGUAACGUUGGGGUAGCCGCACUGUGCGUUUGCUUUAUCGAAUGCUUCCGCAACCCACCCGGUCAGAUUCGUGCCCAUCUCAGCUCGGUGGCGAUGACCAGCUUGGGAAAGCUGUCCUACAACGUGUAUGUGCUGCACAUCCCCGUGAUUCGGCUCAUCCUGAACAUGUUCUCACCGAGCUUCAAGCUGAGCUUGGUGAGUUUGCUUUGGAUACCGCAGGGCGUAGCAGUUAUUUCCUACUUCGUCGGGUUCGUCGCAUUCCUGCUCAUCGAGCAACCGCUCGGCUUGCUGCUGAAACAUCGAUUUGUUGACCAGAGUAAGCCCAAAUUGGCAUGAAAUGCUCAAUUGUGUUGUUAUUGUUCGAUUUUCAAUAAAAGUUUCGCCAAACGUUAA